AUGGAAACAGCGAGCGCAGCGAGGACAAACGGGACCGCUGGGAAGCCGGAGGACGUGAAGAGUCCGUCUGCCCCCAAAAAGGAAGAAGAAGCAAAGAAGACCACAAGCCCAGGAGGUGGUGAGAAGGAACCUAACAAGGGCACUGGUAGUGCUGCUUUGGAAACAGGGCAAAUCAAGAGCUCCCUGUUCUCUGGGAGUGACUGGAAGAGGCCCAUCAUCCAGUUCGUGGAGUCGUCCGAUGAGAAGAGGUCCUACUUCAGCAUGGACUCGGCAGAUUCCAAGAAGAUGCAGUAUGGCAGUGGACAGAUAGGGGACAUGAGGAGACCACCCCUCUCCUUUGCAGAGAAAGGUGAUCUCAGGAAGUCCCUCUUCUCCUUGGAUUCCAAAAAGAGCUUCCUGCCAAGUGAAGGGGAAGGGAGGAAGUCAUUGUUCUCUGGGGGGCAGAUGGGGGACCUGAAGAAACCUUCCCUCCCUCUGGUGGAGACGGGGGAUCUGAGAAGAUCCACCUUCAACAAGCCUGACAGAGCAGCUGGGUCACGGCCCAGGGUGAAGCUUGAGGAUGUUCUGUGUGAUUCCUGCAUUGAUAACAAGCAAAAGGCCGUCAAGUCCUGCUUGGUGUGCCAGGCUUCCUUCUGUGAGCUGCACCUCAAGCCCCACCUGGAAGGAGCAGCUUUCCGGGACCACCAGCUCCUGGACCCCAUCAGGGACUUUGAAGCAAGAAAAUGCCCUGUGCAUGGGAAGACCAUGGAGCUGUUCUGUCAGACAGACCAGAUGUGCAUCUGCUACCUCUGCAUGUUCCAGGAAAAGGAGAACCAUGACACGAUCAGCUUGAGAGCAGAGGAAUGCAAAGAAGCUGAGCUUUCCCUGCAGAAAGAGCAACUGCAGCUGAAGAUCAUUGAGGUAGAGGAUGAGAUGGAUAAGUGGCAGAAGGAGAGGGACCGUAUCAAGAACUACACCACCAAUGAGAAGGCCACAGUGGACCAGCAUUUCAAAGAGCUGAUCCGUGACCUGGAGAGGCAGAGGGAUGAAGUGAAGGCUGCACUGGACCAGAGGGAAAAGAUUGCAUCAGAGAAUGUGAAGGAAAUUGUGGAUGAGCUGGAAGAAAGGGCAAAGCUUCUGCGGGAGGACAAGGAGAACAGGGAGCAGAUCCACCAGAUCAGUGAUUCUGUGCUCUUCCUGCAGGAGUUUGGGGCUUUGAUGAGGAAUUACGUGCCCCCUCCAUCUCUCCCAACGUACAGUGUGCUGCUUGAAGGGGAGAGCAUGAGCCCAUCCAUGGGACUCCUCAGAGAUGACCUCCUAAACGUCUGCAUGAGGCACGUGGAGAAGAUCUGCAAGGCUGACCUGGGACGCAACUUCAUAGAGAGGAACCACAUGGAGAAUGGUGACCACAGGUACAUGAUGAACAACUACGAGUGGAACCAGCCUGACAACUUGAAGAGAUUUUCCAUGUUCCUGUCUCCCAAAGCCAAUUUCAACCCACGAUCAUGGGAAUUUUCCUCCUUCCAAGCGACUGAGGAAACACUUGUGGGCAAUGGUACUAAGCUGCCUUUUCAGUUCUCCUCGGUGGGACAGACUCCUCCUGGUGACUUCAGCAAACAGUCUGAUGGGAGCCUCUUCACCAAGACCGCUUAUCCUUCAAUAGUGAGACAUCAGUCUACAAAGGUGACGCCACAGACAUGGAAAUCCUCUAAGCAGUCUGUAUUGUCCCAUUACCGCCCCUUUUACGUCAACAAAGGCAAUGGAGCCACUUCCAACGAGGCACCUUGA